AAAUAGUGACAAAAUAAAUCAAACACAAAAAAUUAUUAAACAAUGUUAGGAGAGAGAGAAUCUUGAAGCUAGGUUUUUCCCUCAUUUCUAUGUCAGAAAUUUUCACUUCUCCAAAGCUCUCUCGCAAGCUUCCCUUUAUGUUCAGAGGUUUCUUGAUUCAUGAGGUAAACAUCUCCGUCCACAAAGCUCUAGCUUUCUGAUCUUUAACCUCAUUCUUAUAAAAAAAAAAAAAAGUUUAGAUUUUUCUCUGAAGCAUCUGAGUAAUAUUACAUGAUUAUCAAACUUGGAUCUGAGUUAGGAAUUGGUUUUUUUUUUUUUUUUUUGGAUAUGAACUGUAAUGCCGCUUCUGUUCAAUGGGUUUUGUUGGGAGCUCCUAUUUGUAUAUAUGGGUUUACUGGAAAUCAGUAUCCGGACUAAAAAUAUUUGAUUUUUUUUUUUUUUUUUUCCUUUUUUGGGUAUUUGGGGGUGAGAGACAUGAAUUUGAGCUAGCAAAUUGAUGAGUGGCAAAAAUUUUGCUAUUGGGUUAAUUAGGGUUUUAGAAAUUUGACCAUCAUGGAUGAUAUUGGGGAAUCUUCUAAAUCUGGGUCUGGAAUAUCUAGUCCAAAAUCAGGGAAAACCGAGUGUUCUCGUGAAGAAGAUAGAAAUGUGAAGCAAGUGUCGCCUCUUAGAGGUGGAGGUUCGAGAAAUACGAGUCCUUUAGGUCGUGUUGGAUCUAGGAACACUAGCCCUUCAAGGCAGAAAGUGGUAAAGACAAAACCACGGGGACUAGAUGAGGAAACGGUUGCCACAUUUGGGAAAGCUGUACACCCUGAUGUUCAAAUGGAAGAUAACAUCUGGGCAAUGUUGCCCGAGGACUUGUUGAAUGAGAUCUUAGCCAGAGUUCCACCCUUUAUGAUAUUUCGGCUGCGUUGCGUUUGCAAACGUUGGAAUUCAAUUCUUCAAGAUGGUAGUUUUCUUAAAUUCCAUUCACAGGUGCCUUCUCAUGGGCCUUGUCUUCUCACAUUUUGGAAGAACUCACAGACUCCACAAUGCUCAGUCUUCAGCUUGCCAUUAAAGACAUGGUAUAGGAUUCCAUUCACAUUUUUGCCACCAUGGGCGUUCUGGUUGGUUGGUUCUUCAGGUGGGCUAGUUUGCUUUUCUGGGCUUGAUGGACUAACUUUCAAAACCUUAAUUUGUAAUCCCCUCACUCAAACUUGGAGGACAUUACCAAAUAUGCAUUAUAAUCAGCAAAGGCAGCUGAUCAUGGUCGUUGAUAGGAAGGAUCGCUCGUUUAAAGUUAUAGCCACUAGUGAUAUCUAUGGGGACAAGUCAUUGCCAACUGAAGUAUAUGAUUCGAAGCUGAAUAGUUGGUCAAUUCACCAGAUAAUGCCUGCAGUUAAUCUAUGCUCCUCAAAGAUGGCAUACUGUGACUCCAAGUUGUAUCUGGAAACCCUGUCACCACUUGGCAUGAUGAUGUAUCGGCUGGAUACUGGGUACUGGGAGCACAUUCCUGCUAAGUUCCCACGGUCUUUAUUGGAUGGAUAUUUGGUUGCUGGAACACAGAAGCGUCUUUUUCUUGUUGGAAGAAUUGGUCUUUACAGUACCCUUCAAAGUAUGAGAAUUUGGGAGUUGGAUCAUGCAAAAAUUAUGUGGGUGGAGAUUAGUAGAAUGCCACCAAAGUAUUUUCGAGCAUUGUUAAGAUUAUCAGCAGAAAGAUUUGAGUGCUUUGGACAGGAUAAUUUAAUCUGCUUUACAUCAUGGAACCAAGGAAAGGGCCUGCUUUUUGAUGUGGAUAAAAAGGCAUGGUCUUGGAUUGGUGGAUGUGCUCUCCAGUCAUACAACAGCCAGGUCUGUUUUUAUGAGCCAAGAUUCGAUGCGUCCAUCUACUAAGCUGGAAAUUUUGCUUUGCCAUGACAAUUUUUAUUUAUUAAUGACUGAAUUACGAGGGAAUGUAGGCAUCUUCUUUUUCUUCAUCCGUCCUUCCCCACUUCUACAUAUUGACAUGUGAGGUUUCCUCUUACUGAUUUGUUGAUCAAUAAUUUUAAGUUCCUUGUCAUUGUGGAUAUGCAAUAUGGGGCAUACCAGUUAACCAGUUUUGUCAGCCGGAAUUUAUACCUUGCAGUUAGCCUUAGGGUGUCACCUUGUGUCAGGGUUUUGUGAUGCAAAAGAUAGAGCAAGGUUGUAGUUUGAUGAGGGGUGGGUUUGUAUAAGAAUGUAAAUUGGCUGGGGAAGAAUUGUUAGAAGGCAUUCUUCUUUCUUGCGACUCCUGUACACUAUUUGAUACUAUUAUAAAAGUGUAUAUUUUAGAAGUUUUUCUAUUA